AGGUGGCGGUAAUGCACACCAGAAGGUUGCUUGCCAACCGCCAUAAAAACAACAAAAGAAGAAGAAGAAGACUUGACUCUAACGCACAAAAAUUGCCUUUCUCUCAUGGCAGUAUUGCAACAAAUCGGGAUUUGUUUGGUUGUAACGGGAUCCUGGCACGGUUGGACAACGUCAUGGAGGCCAAAAAAGCGACUUUGAGCGUGCCUGUUUACGGACAUGUCAUUGCCAGCGAGAAAUGGAGAGACUCGUCCCUCAUUCAAAACUUGAAAGGUGGAGGUGUGAAAAUCCUCUUUGAGAACGAGCUCGGCACGGCAGACUUUCUUCUCCCAAACAAGAGCUGCAUCCUCUAUCUGUCCGAGUGUGACGUCAUCGCAGGCUCUGCCUACAAGAGGAAGUUGGUCCGCUACAGGACUGCCUGCAGCAGCUUCCAGGAGCUGGUCCUGGUGGAGAAAACACACCUGGGCGAGCAGUACUUCGCCUUGGUCCAGAAGUUUGUCGUCUUUGAGCUGGGACUGACGCUGCUGCCAGUCGGUGGGCAGACGGAGGCCUCCCAGCUCAUGGUUCAAAUGGUUUAUGGGGACGGCAGGGACAACCCGUUCAGUAGGAGGAGCUCGUCCCGGCUCCUGGACCCGCUGGUUUUGGCCGUGGUGCAGCAGGUCCCCGGGGUGGGCCGAGUCAAAGCCCUGGCUCUGCUUGAGCGGUUCUCCAGUAUCCACCAGAUCUGCAACGCCGGCGUCGCAGACCUGGAAGCCACGGUGGGCCAGGCCGCCGCUCAGAACAUCCACAACUUCUUUCACAAAUCCACGGGGUCUUGAAGCUGAUCAACUGAUCCAAGGACCCAAGGAGCUGCUAGCAGGAGACUUUUGUGUGUGUCACUGAGUCCUGAAUGUAGUGACGGAACAGUUAAUGGUCUUUUCUCGUGAAGACUUCUACUAUUCACAUUUAGGAAUCAAUGUCUUUAAACCUUACUGUUUGGUCAAGGCAUAGGUGUCCAAAAAUGGCCGCCAGCUAUUUUUUUAAUGGCCAGAAGCACAUUCUAAAAUAAUAUUACAAAAAAGAAACAUAAAAAAAGUAGAAUAAAAGAGCAAAAAAGUUGCAAUAUGGACUCUAAUACCACAAAUCUGCCGUGUGCGUUGUAUUUUCUUUAAAAGAGUCAUUGCUCAAAAAUAAAUAAUGAAUCAAAAUCAA